GCGAAGGGAAAGAUGGCGGCCACCGUGGGACCGUCAGGGUGGUGGCAGCGGUGGCGGCGGCGUUUGUCGGCUCGGGAUGGGUCCAAGAUGUUGCUCCUUCUCCUUUUGUUGGGGUCUGGGCAAGGGCCACGACAAGUCGGGGCGGGUCAGACGUUCGAGUACUUGAAACGAGAACACUCGCUGUCGAAGCCCUACCAGGGUGUGGGCACAGGCAGUUCCUCACUGUGGAAUCUGAUGGGCAAUGCCAUGGUGAUGACCCAGUAUAUCCGACUUACCCCAGAUAUGCAAAGUAAACAGGGUGCCUUGUGGAACCGGGUGCCAUGUUUCCUGAGAGACUGGGAGUUGCAGGUACACUUCAAAAUCCAUGGACAAGGGAAGAAGAAUCUGCAUGGGGAUGGCUUGGCAAUCUGGUACACAAAGGAUCGGAUGCAGCCAGGGCCUGUGUUUGGAAACAUGGACAAAUUUGUGGGGCUGGGCGUAUUUAUAGACACCUACCCCAAUGAGGAGAAGCAGCAAGAGCGGGUGUUCCCCUACAUCUCAGCCAUGGUGAACAAUGGCUCCCUCAGCUAUGAUCACGAGCGGGAUGGGCGGCCUACAGAGCUGGGAGGCUGUACGGCCAUUGUCCGCAAUCUCCAUUAUGACACCUUCCUUGUGAUUCGCUAUGUCAAGAGGCAUUUGACGAUAAUGAUUGACAUUGAUGGCAAGCACGAAUGGAGGGACUGCAUUGAGGUGCCUGGGGUCCGUCUGCCCCGGGGCUACUACUUCGGCACCUCCUCCAUCACUGGGGAUCUCUCAGAUAAUCAUGACGUCAUUUCCCUGAAGUUAUUUGAGCUGACAGUGGAGAGAAACCCAGAAGAGGAGAAGCUGCAUCGAGAUGUGUUCCUGCCCUCAGUGGACAACAUGAAGCUGCCUGAGAUGACAGCCCCACUGCCCCCACUGAGUGGCCUGGCCCUCUUCCUCAUCGUCUUUUUUUCUCUGGUGUUUUCUGUAUUUGCCAUUGUCAUUGGUAUCAUUCUCUACAACAAAUGGCAGGAACAGAGCCGAAAACGCUUCUACUGAGCCCUCCUGUUGCCACUACUUCUGUGACUGUCACCUAUGAGGUGUGGGAGGAGCAGAUGCUGACCCGAGCAUGUAGGCUGGCAGGCCUUCUCCAGUCUCCAGCAGCUAGUCAGGGACUAAGUUCUGUCACUGGAGCUUUGAAUGCAGGGACCUUGCAUUCCCAUGGUCAUCCAUAGGGACAUUUGACCCUGGUCCAGGAAGCCAUCCACCCCAGGGCACUGCUACUGUGAUGUGCCUUUCCCUGCAGCCCUUCCACUUGGGAGAGAAAAGACAUGGAGAGAAUGUAUGCUGUUGUGAUGCCAAAAAUCCCAGAACAAAAUUUCAUAGCCCAGCCUGCCUUGUUGUUGGACUCAGAGGCCCUACUACUUCAUUUUUCAGUCUGAAGAAUAGAAAACUGAUAAUACCUGAUAAUCUUGCAGCCAUUCAUUCAUUGGUUUUUGUUUUUUUAUCUAAGUCUCUAUCCCCCUGAAGAGCUAUCUUUGGAAAUCGGGAUGGAAACUUCUUCCCUGCCUCACCUUCCUCUCUCCCUUCAUCAUCCUCUCCAUGUGCAACCUGAGCUGGAAAAGACAUUUGGAUGCCUCUCAGUUGGGGACUGGGGCUGCAGAACAAACUUAGGUUUCACUGACCUUUUUCAGGCAGUCCUAGGGCUUUCUGCUUUGACUACCUGCUUCAGCCUCUUGGUUCUGUUGGCAUGGCUGUGGCCUUUUCCAAUCAAGUCCCUUCAGGCCCUCAGCAAGUCUGACUGAAAGUUGGUGUGCAAGUCAAGAGCAGCUUGGAAGACUUCAUGGAUGCCAUGGGAUUAACUGUAAAACUGACCAGCUCCAGGUUUGAUAUCGAAAGCAGCUUUUGUCACAUGGUCUGACUACAUGGAGAUGGUUCUGGGCUCACUGGAGCCUGCUUUGCUGCAUGUUUUGUGUUUAUCAUGAUUUUUGGAAUCCCACUUUGACUGUUCAGAGUGUGAGGAAGCUUUCUUCUUAUAACUUGGGCUUGGAUACUCCCCAAAGAGGAAAUUUGGCGUCUUUUUCUUAAUGGAUAAGAAAAAGUUGCUGUUUUCAUGUUGCAAGUCUGGGAUCAAUAGACCCUCAUCAUCUGUGCCUGGAAGAGUCAGUUGUCAUUAAGCAGCACAGCCUGAGUGCUGUCCUCUGUGUGUCAGCCCUUAUUCCACUGCCUUAUCUGACGAGGUCACAUGCUGCUCACCUGUCUGCUCUCUGGUUAGAUUGGUCAGAGUCACCCUGGAGGGCCUGGAACUAUGACCUCUCCUAUGAACCUCUGUAGCCUAAGGGAAAUUCUUAAAAUGGCCGAUGGAACCAACAUGAACUUCUGACUCAGUGUCCUUCCUUCUAGGAGUGGGUUUGGGGAAAGGUCUAGGCUUUUUUCCUGAUCCGAGCCCAUCAACCCUUUCUCUGCCUUCUGGGUUGGGAAAGCCCUUAGCUCAGCCCAGAAGGAAGGAGGUCAUCUUGGCUGGGCAUAGGUCAUGUCUCCUUGGGCCUUCUAGCCUUCCCAUGUGCUUAACUAAGCAGUUCAGAUUGUAGGUCUCCUGCAGGUGGGAUGAAGGUGGGGCGGAGACUGAAGGCAUUCUCCUAACACCUUCCUAACAAUAGCUGAGUUGCUUCAGGGUACCAGAGGACAAACUGUGAACUAGAACUUGGCCUUAGGACUAGGGAGAACCGAAAAAGGAAAUGGUUAUUUUGUCUUGUUUGAGUCCAAAGGGAGAUUGAAUAGACCCAUGUGGUGAGAGGACCUAGGUUGGCUCUUGAGAUGGCCAAAGCAGUGGUGCAGGAGGACAGGGUCUCAUCAUAGGGGAGGGAGUGAGAGAGCAAACCUGUGGGAUUUGUACGAUUCCAGCUCAUGAGUACCUUGUAGCCUUUUAAAGAGGACAGGGAAGACAUGAAAUGCAGUCCCCACCCUCCCUAAGGCUGCCCUUGGAGAAAUGUGUGACACAAGAAAACUAUCCAACUUAGCAUCGUAUGUCCUGACCCGGCUUGCUUUUUGUUCUAGAAACAAGUUUCUCACUGUGAAUGGGGCUGAAUAUUGUUCUGGGUGCUGUAGUCCCAGGUGUGCGCCAGAGGAGGGAGAUGCUUCCCUCUGGUCCAUAGUGUGGCUCUUCUGUGCGUGCAUGCUGGGGGGCGAGAGGUGGAGCAGGGCCUUGGCAUGUUGCCUACCCCACUUGAGCCACUUAUCUGCUCAGUUACCCUUUCUCUCCAUUUUCCUCUGACUUCAGAGCCUCUUAGUGUGGAAGAGACCCUGAGGACUAGAGGUGGUGCAGUCCCCAUCCUUGUGAGUCUUCAGCCUUUUACGUUGUCUUUAACCCCCAAAUUACAAGGUGGCUCUCUGUUAUAAAACAUGUUUAUUUCAGUGGAAAAUUACAGCUGUGCUCUUGUUGGAAGUGGUUUCUGAACACAGUAGCCAGAUUAUCCCUUGCAUAUGUUCUAGAAGACAGAAAUAAGGAACUGGUAGGAAGCCUAAGAGUAGGGCUGAUGGUAGUCAGAAAGAAAUCCAGGCAGACAUGGGUGAAUUAGUCUUGUGGAGCUGGAAGUUCUGGAAAAAUGUCACUCAGGUGAUUCUUGGUUCCCUGGAGAACUUGCCACCCAUCGUCCAUUGUAGGCUUUAGGUUUGGACCCUGGGUGGUGAGGAUGGAAGAACUGGCGUUGCUGGUGUUUUGUGAAGUGAUGUCAUUGUAUAUUUUAAUGGGAGGAUAAAGCCGAAGUUCAGGUUUGAUCCAGCUCAUGGCCAAAUAGUUCUGGAGAGAACAGACAAGAGUCAGCCAGAGGUAACAACUUGAAGGUGCCUUCUUCAGAGUCAUCCCAAGAGCAACCAGUGCCUUUGUCCCUAUCCCCAUGGUUGCCACUCACCGGAGCUGAAUAGAUAAAGUUGAACAGCAUAAAUGCCAUAAUUGAUAUGACCAAGAAGGCUAUGAUUUUGAAGUGGUAGCGUUUCCAGAGAACAUGACAGAAGUUUUGAACAGGUGACUGCAGCCAUAUGAGAGAGGAGUAGGUGCGUCUGUCCAUGAGCAGGGGAGAUGUCAGAGAAUGGAGGGGGAGGGGGCAGAGGGAAUCUUCAGGUCAAGUAAUCCAGAGCAGAGUGCUUUCUUUUUAAAAAAGCAACUUCUGCUUGCCUCCCCUGCCCUUCCCCCGAGUCUGUUCUCUUCUGAUUGUAACUGAGCACUGAGCUGCGGUGGUAGGAAGUAAUUACCCCUCUCCACUUGUAGGCCCACCAGUCACCACCCCAUGCAAACUAAGGAGAAAGAAAGAUUUGGUGCCUUAGUUCCUCAGGACUCUUACAGGGGAGGAUGAAGUGUAGGGUAUUGAUUGGGUUCCGACUGGCCUCGCCCAGCUGGCUUGAUCAAGGCAUCCUUCUCUGACAGAAUCUCCAGAGUCAUCUUCACUUUGCCCUAGGAACAGCACAGGUGGGGAAUGGCUGAGGUCAAAUAACAGGAGCAAGGUCACUUUAGGCCCUCUUCCCAGGGUCCAGAAAGGAAAAGGGAUUUAGCUAAGGUCCCCAGAAGUCUGUUAGAGGCAGGUUAUGUGGCAUAGCAGUCCUAUUCAAUAGACAUCUUCCCCAUCUCCUACCGACAAGCGCCAUUUGUCACCAUCAAGGACCUGGCAAGGCCACCAGCCAGUUACAGUCUUCUUUUUAAAGAGGGAGAAGUGCUUGUGUUGGAGGAAGUAGGGCCACUUGGGGUCGGCAUCCAUCAUCCUGGUGGAGCACUGGUGGGCAUGCCGGGCUGGGAGGGGCAUGUCAGACAGAUCCAGCUCCAGGACCCCUGAGCCCAGAGAAAUGUCAUCAGCAAGCAAGAGCUCCCUGUCCUGUGGUCAGAAGCCCUAUGCCAGGACCUCACCUAGGAAGUCAUCAGGGGAGAAGAUGUCAUUGUCCCAGACUUGGAUGAUGAGCCGGGCUGGGAACUUCAUCAGUGUGGGGUCCAGGCUCCAUAUGUAAUCCUAAAGGAUGGCAGAGAACAUGUUUCCAGCCUGUCUCCUUGAGACUUCCCUUGGACACCUUAGUUGCCCACUACCCAGUGGUGAUGGACUAUCAAGGAAGAGGGUUUCUGCCUCAGGACAUGUUCCUAAUAUUCUGUACAGCAUGCAGGUCUCUGGGGGGAAGGGGAAGAGGAGCUCCUGUAGCCUGAGGCUGUUUGUGUGCCCCCUCCCUGCCAUGCCUCCAGUCUGUUACCUUCUGGCUCUGGACGCACACACCCUCUGCCGCCAGGUAGUCCAUGGUAAAGAUGAACCGCCAGUUGAAGUUGCCCUCCCCAGUCAGGGAGUGGUAGUGGAUAUCUGUCUUCUGCAUGUCCUUUUCUAGCCCAUAUAACCACCUAGGGUCAGAGUCCUUUCACCUGGGGUUCAUGUGUAUUGUCACCAUCCCCGAGCUGGAGUCCUGUGGGAAAGGCUGGCCAGCCAGCUGAUGCCAGGCACAGGUGAAAGUGAAGUGGUGUCCCCCCUAGAAUUGGGAUGACCCAGCAGGAUGACAGAACUGGGGAACUCAGGAGGCUCUGCUGGAGCCCUGCCCCUCUCCCUCACCCUUUGACGUAGAUGUCGCUCAUCUUCUCUCUGCUUAAAGUUUCAUCUGCCAGGUCCACAUGGGCAGUUUUCCAGAUAAUGCAGCGCAGCUCAUACCUGCAGCCACUGUGCUCUGAGGCUUUGCUGAGGAAUAGCUCCCCCCAGCUGCAGCCUUGUUGAGGGAAGAGAGGUCUGGGAGGCUGCCCUCCAUGCUCUUGCUAAAUUUGGGAAAUUCAGGGCAAGAAAGCUCCCCGUAGAGCUUCCUUUAUUCCCAGUAGAGAAAAGAAUUACUGCAACUCAGCAUUUGAGGACAGUGGUGCUCUGCACCCUGGGGAGGCUGAACUGUGACAUGUAGCAAUUGGGAAAUGGCUGUCACUCACCGUUUAGGCUUUCUGGGGCUGAUGUUGACUUGGGGGCCAGGAGGCCCCAGCCUCUUGGGGAAGAUGUCCACCCACAUUUGCACCUUUCCCUAGAGCCAGGAUGGAUGAGCUGAAGGGGGUUGCUAGCCUCUGUUCUCAGCAGGCUGGCCUGGGGGGGUCCCUGUCCCAGGUUCUAAAGUCUGUUGAGAUUGUUUUCCCAACCCUGAGGGAUGGAGUAUAGAGGAGCGACUGCCUACCAAUUUCCCCUUUCUGUGUUCAUUUUUUUGCCUAGAGAAUAGUGCAGUGAGAUUGGGGUAUGGUGGCUUCAAGGCUGAUGGCAUGGUGCUAGGAUUUCACCUUUGACUGGGGUCUGGAGGGUUAAUGCCACUCUGCAGGUCAUGCUACACAGCCUGUCUGGACAGGUCUCCAGUUUAGGCUUGGGGUUUUCUUUAUUAAGCAGUUCGCUAGCCCUGAGUAAGAGGAAACCAGACCAUCGGUCCAGAUUUCCAGAUCAUUUUAUGUUAUGUAACCACGACCUAAGGAUAUUAAGCUAGCCACAAAGUACAGAAGUCUACAAAAGAAGAUAAGGGAAGAAAAUGGUGAGAAAAAGAGAUGAACGUGAGAGGGAAGAACUAACUACCAACACUGGAAAAUAAAUAAAUAUGUCUGUCUUUCAAACUA